AUGGAUGUAGACAUCAAUGGAGUAAUAUCGUUCGAAAAAGCAUUCGGAGAGUUCGACGAAACAAAAACGCCUCAACUUGCUGGCACUAAAUCAAUGAUUGCUCCAUUUCUGGGAGAUAUUGAUACAGAUGAUGGAGGCGCUAUAUGGUACAGACAAAACACCACCAACCAAUUGUUAGAAGAGGCGUCAACCGACGUUAGAAAAGCUUUCCCAGAAUUCCAACACUUCUCGGCAGUAUGGAUGUUUGUAGCUACUUGGGAGAAAGUACCAUUUUUUCAAAGCUCAAAUCCACAGAGUAUCACCAAUACCUUCCAGUCAGUAUUGCUAACCGAUGGCAACUAUUCGUUUGUUCGUUUUAACUACCAAAACAUCGGAUGGACAUCAAGUUAUGGAACUGAAGCAGAGGUUGGGUUCAACGCUGGUUUUAGUAACUACUACUAUAAUGUAGCUCCUAACAGUAUACGGAACAUUAGUAUACUAGAUCUUCCUUACAAAUCAAACGUCAAUAAACCAGGGGUGUGGAUGUUCAGGACAGACAACAUCACAAUACAAGAAGGAUCAGGACAAAUAGUCGUAUCAGGUGAUUUUAAUGUUUGCUCAGACAGCACAAUCACAUUCACCGUUGCAUCGCUCUCAUCCCAUCUCAACAUCAAAGUAGUUUCUUCUCCUUUCAUCUCAUCCCAUUUUAACGACGUUUUGACAGUCAAAGCGUUGCAUUUGAUUUGAGGUGUUCUUUUCAGCUUUUCACCUCAUGCAAUACAAGUUUAA